AUGGUGCAGACCCCCAAGCCAGAGAUUCAGCCUUUGCUCUCAAAUGAGUGCCCACCAUUCUGCUGUGAGGGUCAGAUUACAUAUUUUAGCCUGUGGUAUUAUAAUAAGCAGAAUCAGCGCAGAUGGGUAGAUUUGGACAAGCCUCUGAAAAAGCAGCUGGACAAAUAUGCCUUGGAGCCAACUGUGUAUUUUGGAGUAGUGUUCUAUGUGCCUACUGUUUCUCAGCUUCAGCAGUCAGCAGGAGAUUACCAGUAUUAUUUGCAAUUAAAGAAAGAUAUCUUGGAGGGCAACAUUCCUUGCACAUUGGAACAAGCAAUACAUCUGGCUGGUUUAGCUGUUCAGGCUGAUUUUGGAGACUAUGAUCAAUAUGAAUCUCAGGAGUUUCUACAAAGAUUUGCUUUGUUUCCAGUGGGUUGGCUGCAAGAAGAAAAAAUAUUGGAAGAAGCGACACAGAAAGUUGCCUUGCUACAUCAGAAGUACAGAGGCCUUACUCCUCCUGACGCGGAAAUGUUAUAUAUGCAAGAAGUAGAGAGAAUGGAGGGCUAUGGUGAAGAGACCUAUCCUGCAAAGGACAGCCAAGGAAGUGACAUAUUCAUUGGAGCAUGUCUGGAUGGUAUCUUUGUGAAACACAAAAAUGGUCGUCCUCCUGUUGUAUUUAGGUGGCAUGAUAUUGCCAACAUGUCCCACAAUAAAUCCUUUUUCGCAUUAGAGCUGGCAAACAAAGAAGAGACGAUCCAAUUUCAAACUGAAGAUAUGGAAACAGCAAAGUAUGUGUGGAGGAUGUGUGUGGCUAGACACAAAUUUUACAGACUAAAUAAAUGCAGCCUAGACUCCCUGGACUCUCCACCUGAGGAGGGGUCUCAGAAAUCUUCCCUCAUUCUUUCCCUUCCACGCUUUCCAAUCCUUUCUCGUCCUUCACUUCCCAAAGGACAAACCCAGCCCAUUACAGUGAAUCCUGUUAGAAGGAGGUCUUCAUCCAGGAUGUCUAUGCCCAAGCCUCAGCCUUAUAUGAUGCCUCCACCACCUCAGCUGCAUUACAAUGGUCAUUAUACUGAACCAUAUGCAUCCUCCCAAGAUAACCUCUUUGUGAGCAAUCAGAAUGGAUACUACUGUCACUCUCAGACUAGCUUGGAUAGAGCCCCUCACGACUACAGUGGUCGGAUCCGCAAUGGUAGUGUCUAUAGUGCACAUAGCACAAACUCCCUGAACAAUCCACAACAUUACUUGCAGCCAUCCCCCAUGUCCUCUAACCCAAGCAUUACUGGAAGCGAUGUCCUCAGAACAGAUUAUGUCCCAUCGCAUAGACAUAGUGCACUAAUACCACCUUCUUAUCGCCCUACACCAGACUAUGAAACUGUAAUGAGACAGCUCAACAGGGGAAUGGUGCACACAGAUAGGCAGAGUCAUUCAAUGAGAAAUCUUAACAUUGGCAAUUCAUAUGCUUACAGCAGGCCUGAUGCCUUAGUUUACAGUCAACCUGAAAUACGAGAACAUGCUCACUUUGCUUCCCCACAAUCUAACCAUUAUCCAUUUAACCUGAACUACAGUUUUCAUAGCCAAUCCCCCUAUCCCUAUACUGCUGAAAAGCGCCCAGUUGUUGGGGCAGUCAGUGUGCCGGAGCUGACAAAUGUGCAGCUCCAGGCUCAGGACUAUCCAGCACCAAAUAUAAUGAAGACCCAAGUCUAUCGACCACCUCCCCCAUACCCAUACCCAAGACCUGCAAAUAGUACUCCAGACCUUUCACGACACAUCUACAUUAGCAGCAGCAAUCCAGAUCUUAUCACAAGGCGAGUACACCAUUCUGUCCAGACAUUUCAGGAAGACAGCCUGCCUGUGGCACAUUCUCUUCAGGAAGUCAGUGAACCUCUAACAUCAGCACGCCAUGCUCAGCUGCAGAAAAGGAACAGUAUUGAAAUAGCAGGCUUGACUCCCAGCUUUGAAGGAAUAAGAAUUAAAGAGAGGACCAUGUCAGCUUCUGCAGCAGAUGUGGCUCUUCCAAGAGUUAUCUCAGAAGGGUCACAGCCCAACAAUCUGAUGGAGAGAACAAAGCAAAAAGAAAGCGGGCAAGAAGAAAGUGUGAACUGUGAUCAUAAGAAAACCCUUUCAGAUGCCACUAUGCUGAUUCACAGUAGUGAGGAAGAAGAAGAAUUUGAAGAAGAAAACAAGGCUAGUACAAGUCUUUCGCCUCUCCCUGAAGAUCAAACCCAACUUUCAUCCGUUAUGGGUGGUUAUUCUCAUGAUUCAGUACUGAGCUACCCUUAUAGCUCUGUUGCUUCAUCUGCUGGCCCUUUGCAUAUUCUUGAGCCUAAAUUACAUAUUACAGAGACAGAAAAGAGAAUGAAAGAUAUGAGCCCCGUUCAUUUACUAGUAGAAAGCCAGGUACAGAGAAGAGGGGAAGGACUGCUUACUCCAUCUAUGUCGGAAUCUGAUCUUACAACAUCAGGGAGAUACAGAGUAAGGAAAGAUUCGGUAAAGAAGAGACCCGUGUCCGAUCUUUUCUCUGGGAAGAAGAAUAUUGUGGAAGGCCUUCCCCCGCUAGGUGGUAUGAAAAAGAAUAAAAAUGAUGCAAAAAAAAUAGGGCCUCUAAAGCUAGCUGCCCUGAAUGGACUAGCUUUGACUAGAAUGCCUCUGCCAGAUGAGGGGAAGGAAGAAUCAACAAGAGCAACAAAUGAUGAACGGUGUAAAGUUCUGGAACAACGGCUGGAGCAGGGGAUGGUGUUUACUGAAUAUGAGCGCAUUCAGAAAAAAAGACUUAUAGAUGGCGAGUGCUCAAUAGCUCGGCUUCCUGAAAACGCUGAAAGAAACCGGUUCCAGGAUGUCCUUCCUUAUGAUGAUACCAGAGUAGAACUAGUCCCAACCAAAGAAAAUAACACGGGUUACAUCAAUGCAUCUCAUAUCAAGAUCUCUGUUGGCAGCAUAGAGUGGGAUUACAUUGCUACGCAGGGCCCUUUGCAGAAUACAUGUCAGGAUUUCUGGCAGAUGAUCUGGGAACAAGGGAUUGCCAUCAUAGCUAUGGUGACAGCAGAGGAAGAAAGUGGGCGAGAAAAAAGCUUCAGAUACUGGCCACGUCUUGGUUCAAGACACAACACUGUAACAUAUGGAAGAUUUAAGAUUACCACACGAUUCCGUACUGACUCAGGCUGCUAUGCAACUACGGGUUUGAAGAUUAAACAUCUUCUCACAGGACAGGAGAGAACAGUUUGGCAUCUGCAGUAUACUGACUGGCCAGAGCAUGGCUGUCCAGAGGAUUUAAAGGGAUUUCUCUCAUACUUGGAAGAGAUACAGUCAGUGCGGCGCCAUACGAACAGCACUGCGGAUCCUAAAAACUCUAAUCCUCCUGUACUGGUACAUUGCAGUGCAGGUGUAGGACGAACAGGAGUGGUCAUACUGUCGGAGAUCAUGAUUGCUUGCUUGGAACACAAUGAGAUGCUGGACAUCCCACGAGUGCUGGACAUGUUGAGGCAGCAGAGAAUGAUGAUGGUGCAGACACUUUCACAGUACACUUUUGUUUAUGGAAUUCUCAUUCAGUUUCUCAGAAGUUCUAGACUUAUAUAAUCCCUGCUAUUUCCUAAGGGACACUGAAAGAGUUUACAGAAAGAAAAUUACAGUUGUCCAGGCAGACCUGCUCUCACUGGUGUUUUCUUUGUAUGAUGAAUCACACAGCUACCUUUUAGGGCUGGUGUG